CGGAUUGUCCCGACGGGUCCGUCCUCGAGAUCCUGAACCAGACGCAGUCGAUUUUAGGCGGUGUCGGAUGUAACAGCUGUCACUUAUCGCCACAAUCGCCACGCUUUCCGUUUAUAUCACCAACGAAAUCUCAAUUGUUCGUUUUCACGUUCUGCGUCGAAACUACCUGUAUUGGUCCAGCCAAAGAGUUCAGUUCCACUUCUGAGUGAAAUUUCUGAACCUAUUAUGUUUAAUAUAAAUUAUUCGUCGACCGAGUGAUCGCGUUCGUUGUUUAUAAUCCUCCGCCUCAGUCUUAGCAAUAUUUACCUCGAUCGCAAAAUUGGCCAAUCCAGAAAAAAGAUUGAACCGAACUUCUUAAUUGGUCCAACAGUUGCAGUGAAGUGACGCGAAGUAAUUGAUAUUGCCGAGUAAACGGGUCAGAGUAAUACAUUUUUUUUACAUCGCACGUGUAAUCUGACUUAUCAUCGAGCUCGCUGUAGCGUCCGUUAAAUGUGGGAGUUCUGAAUUUUCUCGUUUGUCUAUUACAAAGUAUUACGUCGUGAAAAAUUAAUCAAUUUUCUCGUUGAACUUGUUGCGCCAACUGCGAAGUUGUGCUCGAAAACUGUGACAAUUUAAAUCCGACGAGCGCCUGCGCGCACUAUCGAUUCAGCCCUUCUCGGUACGGAUACAGUCAACUGCGAAACUUACGAAAGAGAGGAGAAACAAUGGCGGAUAUGUACGAUGAGACACUGCGAUUUAUUAUGGUGCUUAUAAUAGUGUCAUGUAAAGGAGUGACGUCCGAUAUUGGCGACGAGAGCUUCGAUGAAAAUAGCUAUAGGAGGUUCGACGGAGCCUACAAUCCCCUUAAUGAUCAAUUUCCAGAGUCCUACAAUCCGCCAUUACAUCCCAUUGAGAAUCACUUCUGGCGAAGCCCCGAAUAUCUUGGCGAGAUUUCCGGCGUCGCCGUGGACCCGUCGGGGAAACUCGUCAUUUUUCAUCGCGCAGAUCGGAUAUGGAAUUACGACACCUUCGACGAGAAUGCGGAAUAUCAAGAAAAGUAUAGAGGUCCCAUUCAUGAUAACGUCGUAUUGACAUUAGAUCCUAACACCGGCGAUGUUAUUCGCGCUUGGGGAAAUCAAACGUUUUAUCUACCGCACGGAGUUCACGUUGACAGUUUUGGGAACAUAUGGCUGACUGAUAUCGCGCUCCAUCAAGUAUUCAAGUAUUCAGCUUACGGUGUACCUCGGCUGGUCCUCGGCCAAAGAUUCGAGCCUGGAAGUGACAUGGACCACUUUUGUCAACCAACAACGGUCGCAAUUGCACCCGGUGGCGAAAUAGUUGUCGCGGAUGGCUACUGCAACAAUAGAAUAAUACUUUUUGACUCAAGAGGCAAUCCUAAAUACAGUAUCGGCGAACAUUGGGUGUCUCUGAAAAUUCCGCACGCCUUGACAAUCUUGCCAAACAGGCAAGUAUGUGUGGCCGAUCGUGAAAAUUCAAGGAUCGUGUGCAUGAAUGUGGGACUUUCCGGAGCGAAACAAUAUCCCGAAUUUCCGUAUUCGAUUCGUCAUCGACAGUUUGGCCGCAUCUUCGGUAUCGCGUCGUACCGUGGAAUCAUUUACGCUGUUAAUGGUAUGACGUCCAGAAGCAUACAGGUUAAGGGCUUCACAAUCGAUCCUAUAAAUCGAAGCGUAACAGGAUUUUGGGGUCCAGAAUCUUCACCUUUCGUGAGACCUCACGCCAUUGCCAUAUGCCCAAACGGCACAGCUCUCUAUGUUUCAGAGAUCGGGCCUAACAAAUUGUGGAAGUUCGAUCUAAUACAAACUCAGUAACAAAAGUUAAACGAUUAAUAUAACAGUAACUGGAAUCUGUCGCCUAAUGUCUACCUGAUCUUAGAAGAUACCAGAAAUCGAGUUCUCGAAAGGCAACAAAAUCAAAUCCACUCCUCUUCCAUUACCUCAUUAUCAAUAAUCUUAUGUAUAGAGUAUUUGGUGGUGGGUGUAAUCAACGCACUUGCUUGAUAUUCUUUAUUGAAAAUUAAAAUCUUAGCAAAAAUAUUAAUAGAUUUUCAAUUACAGCCGAAAGCUUGAAAGAAGAAAAAUUUUAAUCAAUUACAUAUACGUAGAAUGCGGUUAAUAUGAAAUAGUUAAUAUAAAAUUUCCGAACCUUCAUCCUUAAAAGAUUUUAAGUGAAUUUUAUCCUUGAUAGCGUCUUGUCUCGAAGAAUAUCUGCCACAAUAUUUAACGUCAAAACUAAAAAAUAUUCUGUAAAAAGAAUAAAUUAAAAUUAAAUUUUAAUAAAGAAAUAUUAUUUUACUUUAGUUUUCAAUAAAGAAUAUUAUCUACUGAAUAUUUUGUAUAUCAUACAAGCGGUAUAAUUAUCCAGGUAACACAAGAAUCCUUGGAAAAUUCACAAAGUAUCCAAUGAGGAUGGUGCAUACUAACAUACUACAAUGGUGCAACUAACUAUAAACAAUGUAUUCACGUAAAAUUAUGAAAAAUAUUAAUAAUCACCUCGACAUGACUUCCAAAUGUGCCGUAAUAAUCUGAACUUAUUCAGGAUAAUCCAAGGAUGUCUUGUACUACCAGGAUAGUAAAAGAAUUGUUAAAUUUGAAUCGCGUGUUAAUCCAUGUGAUUAAUUAAUCUACAAAUUAAUGUAAUUCAAUUAAAGGAUUUUAUUGAAUGUUUAUAACAAAUGAAGUAACAAAAUCAUCCAGACAAAAAAGGAAGAUUUGUUAUAUUUUUAGUCAAAAAUUUCGCUUCAGAUAUUUUAAUACUUCAAUAUUUUAAUAUUCAUAUUCAGGUAAAACUGUGUAACGUUACAAAUAUUAUCAUAAGAAUAAUUUACGCAGUUUAUAGGGCAUUUAUAGUUUCAUGUAUAGAUUUAUACAUGUAUUCCAAGCAUUGCACGCGAUAAAACAUCCCCUAUUUUUGUAAUGUGUACAAUACUGAAAGAGAAAUCCAUAUUAUACGCGUACA